UUUGAUGGAAUUUUCUACUUCCUUCAAUUAAAAUAUACCAUAGCCCAUAUACUACUCUCUCCGUUUUAAAUUUAUUUAACAUGUAUCGAGUUCAAGAAAAUAAACUCCAUAUUAACUUUGCAACUAUGCAUGAUUUUUAAACCUCGUAUUUCCUCUUUAAUGACAAGUGGAGUAUUAAUACUUUAUAGAAUCAUUCAUCUUUCAUUUUCUUUCUAUUUCUUCAUCUGAUAAUUAUCACACCGUGUGUCCUCCCUUUCAGACAUCCAUGGCAUCUUCUUCCUCUUUUGCGAGUAAUUCACAGUACCGUCCUCGAUGGAAGUAUGAUGUGUUUCUAAGUUUUAGAGGUAUAGAUACUCGUAAAACAUUUACGGGUCACUUGUAUGAAGGUUUGAAAAACCGGGGAAUAUUCACCUUUCUAGAUGACAGCAGGAUGGAGGAUUCUAUUCCAGAAGAACGCCUCAAAGCUAUCGAAGUGUCUCAAUUUGCACUCGUUGUUUUCUCAAAGAAUUUUGCUACAUCGAGGUGGUGCUUGAAUGAACUAGUGAAGAUCAUGGAAUGCAAGGAAGAAGAAAAUGGACAAACAGUCAUACCGAUCUUCUAUGAUGUGGAUCCAUCACAUGUUCGAUAUCAAAGGGGAGACUUUAAAAAAUCAUUUGACGAAUAUGUACUGAAGCAUAAGGAUGAUGUUGAGGGGAUGCAGAAGGUGAAACGAUGGAGAACUGCUCUAACUGCUGCUGCAAAUAUAAAAGGACCUGAUAUCCGUGGCAAGUGAGUUGAAAACACAUAAUUGCUUUUAAUGAAGAAAGAAACGGAAGAAUUUCCAUUUAAAUUUGGAUGUUUGUGUCAGUUAAACAGAAUCAGCACUAAAUAAAUUAGUCAUAUUAUCAUUUAGAAGUAAGAAAUGUUUUUACAUGUUUCUAUCAUUAAGAAGGCAUGCUCCUAUCGAUCUUCUCAUUUAUGUAGGAAUGAAUCAGAGAAAGUUCAGCUGAUCGUCGACCAAAUCUCUUCCAAACUAUGCCAGAGGGGUUAUUCUGUAUCUUCUUUGCAAGAUGUUGUGGGAAUAAAUGCUCAUUUAGAGAAACUAA